AUGACGUCACACAACUCGUCGACCUCGUUUUCAUACAUGUACUACGAUAAUGAAGAGUAUAAUCAGACCCUACUGGAGCUGCUGCAGCAACACGAAAAAGAGUCACCGCGAGCUUUCAUCUUCGCGGUGUUGAUGACAGUCCUGUCGGCUAUAUUUAACACCGGCAUUAUUAUCGUUAUCCUGUAUACGCCAAGCUUGCGUCAGAACAUUCUCUACAUUCAGAUUGUCAACAUAUCCGUGGUCAAUAUAAUUCUAAGUGUGUUUGUAAUCCCGUUGGCCAUUUACGCCGAACACCGGCCAUGGAGACUCGGAGACGUCAUGUGUAAAGUCUGGAUCAUAACAGACGUACUUAUGCCCUUCGUUUCCAUGGUAGUGCUUGUUCUGAUGAAUCUUGAUCGUUUGUUCAUUCUAAUGUGCAACAAGUCACACAAGUGGACCAUGAAUGGCCUGGCGAAGGCGUUCCUUGUGCUGUUACCUUGGUCGGCUGGCUGUGCGAUCGUGCUGCCUAUUUGGAUACUUGGUUCUAACCACUAUCCUUAUUAUGAUGGCUACUGUAUAUUCGGUUUGGUGUUCGAUGCCUCCGUUGCUUCACCAGUGAUAACUUAUUUUGUGCCGUCGGUGGGCAUCAUUCUACUUAUCACGCUGAUUCUGAUGUACAACUUUAAAGGGAAUUUAGCCGAACAGAAUCUGUACUCGUCUCCUUCUCGGUCCAUGGACUGUCAACGUCCAGAAUCGACCUCUAGUUACGACGAGGAAAAAUACCUGUCUCUGGUCACACUGUGUUUAGCCGAUUUUUUCUUUAUAGCAAUGUGGUUUCCAUAUCAAUUGUUCACUUUACUUAUGUCCCUUUGUACGGGAUGCUAUCCGCCGGUGAGCGCUGCAGUCGCUUUCACGUGGCUCGGAGCGUCUACAGCGUGUGUGACACCUCUCACUUGGUUGUCAGAUGUACAGAUACGGGAAAGUAUUAGGACUUUUGUACACGAUAGAUGUACUCGAGAGGUUAGUGAUAUGAAUGACAGAAACAACGUUCCUUUAAUGGAGCUUUAGGAAAGC